AGUGAAAUUGCUUGCACAACAGAAGCUUGUAACUAUGCCACUAGCUACUUCUAUAAAGGCUGACCGCCUCUCUGACGCUCAGUCAUCGUUACUUUCGUGACAGCUAUCAUCUGUGCUUGGUGUUUUUUUCAGUUAUAUUUUGAAGCUGAUCAGCUGUAUCAUCAUGAAUCUGUGGCUCUGCAGUUGUUUUCUGGUAGUGGGACUGUUUCUGAGCAGCUCGGCCCUGACGCCUGAAGAAUGCCAACACUUGGUGAAGCCUUUGCUUCUGAUUGAACCGUCAAUGAUGUAUGGCUGGUGGACCACUAUUGCGGGUUACGUUGAUGGUGAAGGAUUUGAUGCCAUUCAGAAGGCAACAGAGAGCACCUCGAUGAAUGUGACUCAAUCACCAUCCAGCCCAAAUGUAGUUGUUUUAUCUGAGAAGAACAAGAUAAAUGGAACCUGUGUGGACCUAGCUGUCAAUUUAACCAUUGAUGGCAACACUGCAUCAGGGUCAGUGGGUGACAUGGUCUUUUCGGAAUUCCGAUUGCUGCCGAGCUGUGACGGCUGUUUCAUCUUGAGCGUCAACACCACCGCCAGAAACCUCGACAAGUUAUUACAGCAAUUAAACAUCAACAUAGACGUUACAGGGGAAGAGAUCAACAUUCGUGCCAUUUAUUUGAUAGGCAAAGAGUCCACCGUGAAGGAUUCCGAACUCGAACAUUUCAAGCAGCAGGCGAACUGCCUCGGCUUCUCCAGAGAACCAGACUUCAUCUACGACCCCAAGAACGGAUUCUGUGCUUAAGGCGAGGGCAUGAAGUUUCGACCAACUUUUAUAUAGGCUAACUCACGAAGUCAAGAGACAAAAAGUGACUUAAAACAUAAAACGUCUGGGCCGUAGUUUUAGAUUCAUAGUUGAAUAAAAUGGUAUAACACAAACGUUCUCAAGUUGUGACUGUGUGAGCUAAAGAUACUGUGUGAGGUGAAAGGGACAGGUGCAUGCAGGUACUUUAACAACAGGAAGUGUUGGAGCUGUAGCUGUGACGCACAUAUCGGGGAGCUGGUUAAGAUACCUUAUUACACUUUACAUACUGAUUGCUUUAACCAAAAGUCAUACACUUUCUUGGAGUCACAACUCAGUCAAAUCAGAACACACAUACAUAAAAGAAACAUUUUUAGAUGUAUUGUAGAUUACACUAUCCUGGGAUAAAUUAAUAAAUCCAAGUUAGUUAAGGCUUGGAUUAGUGUCACCAGUUACUGCUAAUGUAACAAAAGAAGGGAAGCCCUUAGAACAGUGG